GACGACAUUCAUGGCGUGAGAAAACAUUAUUGGAUUGGAAAAGUGGAGAAAAAAAAAUAAUUGAAAUGAAAUAGUUGAAGAUUUUUAGGUUUGGAUCAUUGUUUGGCUUUCAUCAUUGGUCUUCUCCUCUUCCUCUCAACAAAUUGUAUAUAUAUAUGCAUUAUUGCUUUCCAUUUCCAUCUCUUAUAUCUAUUUAUGGAUAGUUUUGUUUUGUGGCGUGGAGGAAAGGUUGAUUUCUAAUGGCAAAAAAUAAUAAUAUUUUCCCCUUCUAUUAGAUAUAUGAUACAUAAUUGUUGGGUUUCGGUUUUCACAUUGCAAUGCCAAGUCUUCUAAUAAGCGUACAUGGAUCGGUAUUAUGACAUGGAAUCUAAAAUAGAAGUUUACGCUGUAAACCCAUAAUUUUAGUAUUAGAUUCCAUAACUGUUACAGAUAACUAACAUAUGACUAGCUUGUUGACCUCUUUAUAACGUACCAGCUCGCUUGCUUGCUUGCCUAUUAUUCUUAUCCGAUCAUCGGAUAGAUUCAUCUCGUUUUGUGCUUACCGACAGGAAAAAGAAAACAUAGCUUACUAACUAAACUAGGUAGUAGUUUCUAAUGACACUAAGCAAACUUUACUUAGCAUAGAAAUGAAUCUCAAACAUGAUUUAUAAUGCUGUUAAUCAUCACAUGUAGUUGGAAUCUUUUCAACUAUGAAUGGACAAGCCAUAUGUGUGUCAUUAUACUAUUAGAUUCUUUUAGGGUUAGAUAAUUAGACUUUCUAGCUAUGUGGGGGACACGUGGGGGAUGGUCAUGUGGAUUAAUUUCUCUAUUGCCCUUUUCUUUUCUUCUUUCUUGCCAUACUUUAUAAAAGCUUUGUAGGACGUCAAUUAUUUUUAGUACAGUCUAAGAAUUUAUCCCCCUUUAUUUCCAAAUCUUUGAGGGAAAAAAAAUACUUGGGAUUUGUUGGAAAACAACACGUGUAGGGUUGCAGAAAUUGUUCUUUGCCUUAGUGGGAUUUCUUUAUGUCCCAAGAAAAACUAAAGGAAACAGAACUUAUAAUUGAUGAGAGUUUUAAAGAGAACACUAAAUUUUGAUUUGAGUGGAAGCACCCAUCACUAGGAGAAAAAAAAGAUUUGGUAGCUAUAGCUAGUGGACUCCCACCUUAUGCCACCAAGACUGGUCAGCUUUCUUUUUUGCUUUGUGUUAAGUAUUAUGCUAAUGUUAAGCCAAUUCCUAAUCCUACUCAUUACUAGGUUCAUCUUGCCCACUAGUCCUCUUGUUUUCCUCAUAAUCAAAAGAUCCUCAAAAGUCCCAUGAGACAAUGAAUGGUCACUAAAGAUAGUUGUGUCUUUGAUUAAUCAAGGGUUAUCUUCACUUUUCGUUGGUUAUUUAUUCAUUUUUAGGUCGAAACGUAUCAGUAUAAAUUUUUAGGUCGACACGUAUCUAGCUACACUAGUUAAGUAUGUUGCUGUUAAAUUUCGAAUCACUAAUGUGGGGUAAGAAACUUAAGAAAUGUCAGAUUUUUCGAGGUUGGGUUGCUGGGCACAAUAGAAAACUUACCGAGUAUGAGAUUUCAUCCAAACCUACUCGUAACAAAUUUGGAUAGGAUUUCUGACUAUGAAAAUAUAAAAGAAAUAAACAAAAUAAUACAUGGUACCGAAUCUAUUAAAUAGCACAUAAUAUAGUGUAUGGAGUUUGUUCAUGUGACAUCAUACAUGACUAUAGGUUCCAUUAGCCCCAUGUAUUUAGCAUAUGCUCAUGAAAUGGGAGGAAUGAUAUCAAUGUCCGUUGAAAGGGUAUCUUCCCCUUUUCAUUUGUUAAAUAAUCAUUCUCUUUCAAUCAUAUGAUCAAGAAGAAGGUCUAUUCCCAUUUGGCUUUCAAGCAAAGCAUAUCUACCAUUCCCAAUUCUAUGCUCCUUUCAUACCUUUGUGUGUCUAAUUCAAUGUAUCCUAAUACAUUAACAUAGAGCACAAAUUUGGUUCCAAGAUCCUUUGUUUUCUUAGUGGCCUCUACCUUUUUCUCUAGUUGCAUCUUUAAGUUGUUAGGUUUUUGUUCCUUGGCUUAGAAAUGAUUACAUGAUUUGAUUAGUGUGGAAAGCACUGUUCUUUAUCCCACCAGCAGACAAGGAGAACCAUUCUAAUCUGUGAUAAUUAAGAACUCCCCAAAAAGUCAAUUAAGAAGAACAAUGAGAUAGUGUUUUGAGUCUAGAUGAUGAUGAUUGUAAUGGAUUAAGUAAUUUGAUGAACAUAGUUAACAUUCUCAUCUUUGCUUGCUGCAGGGGUUUGCCAUCUUGAUGGAGCCAGUGAAAGGGAUAAACCCAACGUGAAGCAGCACCUCAUGGCCUCAUACAACGCAAUACUAGCACCAAAGUUGAAAGCCGCUUGCUUGGAAGCCACGCCAAAGGAAUCCACCCUCAGCAAUGGCACCAAUUCGUCAACAAGAAGACACUUGGGGAGAUGUAGAGAGGACCAGAGAGUUGGCAUGACCAUGUGGUUCAACCAGUUCACCGUCCUCCUCCAGAGAAGCAUGAAGGAACGGAGGUACGAGUCCUUCAACACCCUCCGCGUCUUCCAGGUCCUGGUCGGUGCCCUGUUGGCUGGCACGAUGUGGUGGCACUCCGAUUACCGGGACAUUCAGGAUCGACUGGGACUGUUGUUCUUCAUAUCCAUCUUCUGGGGUGUGUUGCCUGCAUUCAACGCGGUUUUUGCCUUCCCGCAAGAGAGGGCCAUCUUCAUGAAGGAGAGGGCAUCCGGGAUGUAUACCCUCUCCUCCUACUUCAUGGCUCGAAUCGUGGGAGAAAUUCCCAUGGAGCUAGCCCUUCCAACCCUCUUCAUCACCAUGGCCUACUGGAUGACUGGGCUGAGGCCCGACCUGGGCGCGUUCCUCCUCACCCUUUUCAUCCUGCUGGGCUACGUGCUCGUGUCUCAAGGCCUAGGUCUGGCCUUGGGAGCGGCCAUCAUGGAUGCCAAACAGGCAUCCACGAUGGCCAACGUGACGAUGCUGGCAUUCGUGCUGACUGGAGGGUUCUACGUUCACAAGGUCCCCGCAUGUAUGGCGUGGAUCAAGUACAUCUCGAGCACCUUCUACACUUAUAGGUUGUUCAUCAAUGUUCAGUAUGGUAACGGGGAGCGGAUUGCAAAGGCGUUUGGUUGCUCUGGGCAAAACGGUAACAAUUACGGUGAUGGGGGACCGGAUUGCAAGUUUAUCAGGGAAGAUUUGGAAGGACAGAUCAGCCCUUGGGUUUGUGUUGGAGCAAUGGUGUUGAUGUUUGUGGGUUACAGAGUUUUGGCUUACCUAGCAUUGAGGAGGAUCAGGACUUGACUAACCCAAUAAACCAAAUAACUGGUGGGGUUUGAUUUGGGUGUGAUUAGUUCAUUUGAGGUAUAAACCUCUUUGAAUUAGAGACAUUGAUUUCAUCGAAUGGUGACCAACUGAGGCAAGAAGAGAGACAUUGGUAGAUCGAUCGGGUUACUGUGAAGUUACAACAAAAGGGUAGUUGAGAUUUUUUCCCCCCCUCCCCAAAGUGUUCAAUUUAUGUAUUUGGUUCUUUUCUCUUUUUACUCUUUUCAGUAGAGUAGUAGUAGUAGUGAUAAGAGGUUCAUAGGCUAACUGUAAUUGAAGAAUAAGUGACAUUUCAUUCGCAUGUAAUUGUAAGAGAAUUUGGAUGCAGAAAUAAUAAUUUAAAAACACUUUCCAAACAAGUAUCGAGCAAUUUUUGGCUCACUCCUAUAGUAUGGGUAUAUGAUAGGUCGAGUAGCAAUUUGUGCUAAUAAUUUGAGUCGUAUAAAAUUAGAUUUUGCAU